AUGAAGUCAAUGUCGCUUUACGCAUUGCUAGCCUUUUGUUUGACUCUGGGCUGGUUCAUUGUGACCCUUGUCAAGUUCGUUCGUUCCCCCUUGAGACGAGUUCCUGGGCCGUUUCUUGCACGAUUCACGAGACUAUGGCUACUCAAACAAGCUUACUUUGGGACAUACCCUAAGACCAGUAUCAAGCUCCAUAGGAAAUACGGGCCCGUUGUCCGCAUAGCACCCAACGAGUACAGCAUCGACGAUCCUGCGGCGGCCAAGAUCAUCUAUGGCAGUGGCCGAGGCUUCACAAAGUCUCCCUGGUAUUAUGCCAGCGGCAAUCCCAUCAGUCCACUCCCCAACAUCUUCGUCGAACCGAAUCCACAUAUCCAUGCCCAAGCCAGACGCAAGGUCGCGGCAGCUUACUCGAUGACUAACUUGGUACAACUUGAGCCCUUCAUCGAUAGAUGCUCCGCUGUUCUUCGGGAACGAUUGGAAGAGUUUUCUCGGUCUGGUGUCUCCGUGGAGAUAUCACACUGGAUGCAGUGCUAUGCCUUUGAUGUUAUAGGCAUGAUGACGCUCGGCAAACGAUUCGGCUUCUUAGACUCCGGCGAGGAUAUACAAGGGAUCAUGUCGUCGUUGAGCCAGUACCUGGUUUACUGCGCCAAUGUCGGGAUGUUCCCAGAGUGGCACAAGACUCUCUUCCGCAGACAGAUGCGUUCAAAGACUGUAUCUGGUCUGAGUCAUGUUGGAAAGUUUGCCAACGCACAACUCGAAGAAAAGCGCGAGAAGGUCAAGACAGAUGAAGAAGCCGAUGGUAAUGCAGCAGAGGACUUUGUCACCAAGUUCCUUCGUCUCCAAUCCCAAGAUCCGGGCAAGAUCACCGAUGCUGACAUCAGUUCUGUGUGCAACAUGAAUAUUGGCGCUGGGUCUGACACCACAUCAAUCAGCUUGACUUCAAUCAUCUUCAACUUGAUCAAGUAUCCGAGGGUUCUUCAGCAGCUCCGAGCCGAGAUUCAGGACCGCGAGAGUCGAGGUAUUAUAUCUGACCCAAUCACAUUCGCUGAAGCCAAUAAGCUGCCCUAUCUGCAAGCGGUGAUCAAAGAAGGCCUACGAAUUCAUCCUGCCACUGGACUCAGCCUCGGCCGAGUUGUUCCGCCAGAUGGUGCAACUUUGGCAGGACAAUACUUUCCUCCAGGGACUGUCGUUGGCAUCAAUGCUUGGGUAGCCCAUGCCAACACAAAGGUGUUUGGCCAUGAUGCCCACCUAUUCCGACCCGAAAGGUGGCUCGAUUACCCUGAGCUGGUCAAAGAGCGCGAAUUGUACUUCAUGACAUUCGGGCAGGGAUCUCGUACAUGUUUGGGCAAGAACAUCAGCCUGAUGGAGCUGUCCAAAGCUGUUCCGCAAAUAGUUCGACAUUUUGACUUUGCCCCAGACACAGAGACUGGAGAGCCCGAGUACGAGACGGAGAAUGUUUGGUUUGUCAAGAUUAGGGAGUUUUAUUGCAAGGUCCACAGCAGAGAUAGGCAGUGA